AUGGGAAGCUGUGUUUCGUCUCCAUUGAAAGGUUCUCCCUUUGGGAAGAGACCUGCAAGAAGGCGAAACAACAGUAGCACCACCUCCAAAACAUCCACUAACCCUAAAACCGAUUCUUCUUCCACUAAUCUUACCCGGAGAUUGAUGUUCCAGCCACCAAGCCGUGUUCUCCCCGAGCCCAUUGGUGAUGGAAUCUUCCUCAAGUAUGAGCUAGGGAAAGAACUAGGCCGUGGUGAGUUUGGUGUCACUCAUGAAUGUAUUGAGAUCAGUACACGAGAAAGCAGGUUUGCGUGUAAGAGGAUAUCAAAGGAGAAGCUAAGGACGGAGAUAGACGUUGAAGAUGUGAGAAGAGAGGUUGAGAUCAUGGGAUCUUUACCUAAACAUGCAAACAUUGUUAGCUUUAAGGAAGCUUUUGAGGAUAAAGACGCGGUUUAUCUUGUCAUGGAGAUUUGUGAAGGAGGUGAGCUUUUUGAUCGUAUUGUCUCUAGAGGUCAUUACACUGAACGUGCUGCUGCAUCUGUAGCUAAAACCAUUCUUGAAGUUGUCAAGGUAUGUCAUGAACAUGGAGUGAUUCAUAGAGAUCUUAAACCUGAGAACUUCCUAUUCUCUAACGAAACCGAGACUGCACAACUCAAAGCUAUUGAUUUUGGUCUCUCCAUUUUCUUCAAACCAGCCCAGAGAUUCAAUGAGAUUGUGGGGAGUCCUUAUUACAUGGCUCCAGAGGUUUUGAGAAGAAACUACGGUCCUGAGAUCGAUGUUUGGAGCGCUGGUGUUAUACUCUAUAUCUUGCUUUGUGGUGUUCCACCUUUUUGGGCAGAAACUGAAGAAGGAAUAGCUCAUGCAAUUGUGAGAGGGAACAUUGACUUCGAGAGAGAUCCGUGGCCAAAAGUCUCACGUGAAGCCAAAGAACUCGUUAAGAACAUGCUUGAUGCUAAUCCUUAUAGCAGACUCACAGUUCAAGAAGUCCUUGAACAUCCAUGGAUCCAGAACGCAGAGAGAGCACCAAAUGUGAAUCUUGGAGAUGGCGUGAGGACCAAGAUUCAACAAUUCUUGUUAAUGAACAGGUUCAAGAAGAAAGUCCUCAGGGUUGUAGCUGACCAUCUACCAAACGAGGAGAUAGAAUCGAUAGUACAGAUGUUUCAGACAAUGGACACUGAUAAGAACGGCCACUUGACAUUUGAGGAACUAAGAGAUGGUCUGAAGAAGAUUGGACAAGUCUGUCCCGAUGGCGAUGUGAAGAUGCUAAUGGAUGCAGCUGAUACAGAUGGAAACGGGACGUUGAGCUGUGAAGAGUUUGUGACACUGGCAAUACACUUGAAGAGAAUGGGUUGUGAUGAGCAUUUGCAGCAAGCAUUCAAGUAUUUUGACAAGAACGGCAACGGAUCUAUUGAGUUAGAUGAGCUCAAAGAAGCUCUGUUUGAUGAUGAUAAGCUAGGCCAUGGUGGUGACCAGUGGAUCAAAGAUAUCUUCUUUGACGUUGACCUCAACAAGGAUGGAAGGAUAAGCUUUGAUGAGUUUGCGGCCAUGAUGAAAUCAGGAACAGAUUGGAAAAUGGCGUCAAGGCAGUACUCAAGGGCGUUGUUGAAUGCUUUGAGCAUAAAGAUGUUCAAAGAAGAUGUUGGGGACAAUGGUCCUAAGUCCUAUUCCAUGGAGUUCCCUGUAGCAAGGAAGAAAGCUAAGCUACUUGAUGCUCCCAAGAACAAAUCGAUGGAGCUUGUUCAUUCCAAAACCUAUAAACCCUCAGGUCUAAGAAACUAA